AUGGAGUCAGAUACUAGGACCAACCUAACAGCUCUAACUGAGUUUGUCCUUUUGGGCCUAGUGGAAUCAGGAGAGCUUCAGUCUGUGGUCUUUGUACUCUUCCUCUUUGUCUAUGUGAUCACACUUUCAGGCAAUCUGUGCAUCUUGGCAGCCAUCUUGGUAGAGCCCAAACUCCACACUCCCAUGUACUUCUUUCUGGGCAACUUGUCAGUGUUAGAUAUUGGGUGCAUCACUGUCACUGUUCCUCCAAUGUUGAACCGUCUCCUGUCCCACAAGCGUACCAUUUCCUAUGAUGCCUGCCUCUCACAACUCUUCUUUUUCCACCUUCUGGCUGGAAUGGACUGUUUCCUGUUGACUGCCAUGGCCUAUGAUCGCUUCCUGGCCAUCUGCAGGCCUCUCACAUAUAGCAUCCGCAUGAGCCAGCAAGUACAGAGAAUAUUGGUGGCUGUGUCAUGGGCUUGUGCCUUCACCAAUGCACUGACCCACACUAUUGCCCUAUCUACUCUCAACUUCUGUGGUCCUAAUGAGGUCAAUCACUUCUACUGUGACCUCCCACAACUCUUUCAGCUCUCCUGUUCCAGUACUCAACUCAAUGAACUGCUGCUCUUCGCUGUAGGUUUUAUAAUGGCAGGUACACCUGUGGUUCUCAUCAUCAUCUCCUACAUCCACGUGGCCGCUGCAGUUCUACGAAUCCGUUCAGUGGAGGGCAGGAAGAAGGCUUUCUCUACGUGUGGCUCCCACCUCACUGUAGUCUGCCUCUUCUACGGGACAGGUAUCUUCAACUACAUGCGUUUGGGUUCAGAGGAAGCUUCAAACAAGGAUAAAGGAGUUGGGGUUUUCAACACUGUCAUCAAUCCCUUGCUGAACCCACUUAUCUACAGUCUCAGAAACCCAGAUGUUCAAGGAGCUCUAUGGAAAGUACUUGUGAAGAGGUCAUCUCUAACAUGA